CCCCAUUCGGAUGUAGGCACGAUUUCACCGGGUUGUCUAAGAUAUAUAAAUAACCCCUUUUGUGUGGGUUUGUGAUAUGUGUGUACCACGGUCUCUGAUGAGUACUUCGGGGACGUUGGGGCGGGGCACUUUGGCACAAAAUACGGUUUCACAGACCAAAGCCUUCAACAGUUGCCUUACAGCACCACCUCCAGGCUCCCUAACCCUGCACUCUGAAUCCCUGCUGUCACCAUGCAAGCCCGUAGGGUCACCGUUCACCGCAUCAGCAAGACCGUCACUUUGUACCUGAAUGACACAGCCUCACCUAAACCCUCCCCUGGCCCUCUGUCUGCCCUGAACGAUGCAGCCAGUACCUCUCCAUCCCUAGCCCUUACCUCUGCCCCAACCAAGCCCCUGCUGCUGAUGCUGCCCUGGUUGGGGUCGCGACCUCAUGCUGUGGCCAAGUACUGUGAGAUCUACUUCCGUACAGGCUUUGACGUGCUCAUAGUGGAGAGUGCGGUGAGGAAGGGACAACGUUCAUGGGUGAGUCAGUUCCUGUGGCCUCGCUGGGGCCUGGACUACGGGGCAAGGGUACUAGAUCUCCUGCAGAGUGACCGCUUUGUGUCACGCCCCCUGCUCGUGCACGCCUUCUCCAUAGGAGGGUACACCUUCACCCAGCUGUUGGUGCAUGUGUCCCGCGACACACAGAAGUAUUACGGCUUCACUCAGAGGAUCAGAGGCCACAUCUAUGACAGCCUUGUGCUGGGCUCGCUGGAGAGGAUGGCUACAGGUCUAGGUAAGAGCCUGUUCCCCCGGCUGGAGAGCCAAGUGAAAUGGGCCAGUAUGCUCUACUUCAGAGCCUUCAAACACCACACAGUCGACUACUUCAACAACGGCAUUGAUGUCUUCUGGAAUAACCCUGUCACCGCACCCGCCCUCGUCUUCUUCUGCCAGAACGACGCACUGUGCGACCCGGAGGGCAUGGAGGAGAUCAUCGCCUACUGGAGAAAACGAGGGAUGGAGGUGACAGACAGGAAGUGGGAGGAGUCAACACAUGCAGGCCACCUGAGACGACACCCCCAGGAGUACCUGUCUACCUUGGAGACCUUCCUAAAGACUCUCGGUAUGGUCCCUCUCAAGGCCAAGAUGUGACCCUAGGCAGGACCCACACAGCUGUGGUCCGGUCCAGAAACAAUCCCUAACCCUAUCCACUACCCCUUAGGCCCUCAGCAUGGCCAAGUGACAACAAGGCACAGCUGUGGUCCAGUCCAGAAAUAGACUCUAGCCCCUACCCCCUAAGCACUCAGGACCCCCUCAAGACCAGGACAUGACAGUUUGCACUUCACUUACCUACAAAUUCCACGUUUGAGUACUCUAGGUAUAGUGGGGACUUAUUGUCUACAGUUUUACAUUCUCGAAAACAUUAAAUUAACUCUUUUGUAGACUUUUCGCAAAAGGAGUCAUUGUUUAGAUGUUUCGGAAUUGUACCAGAAAUGUCAUGUGAUAUAGCCUCUGCAUUACGUAGGUUACGUAGUGCUCUGAAUACCUCAACAGCACCAAUCUCUAAUAGUAUCCACUUCAUUUUCAAACGCUUUUUAAACACUGAAGCCAAACUUCCUCCGCAUUAUCAUAAUUCGUAUGCGCGCCACUAGAGAUCCCUGCAUUAGCAUGUUUCUGUUAGCUGAUAAAUCCUGAAAAAAAUACCCCAUUUUGCUGGCCUGCUAAUGUGCCUGGACCUUGAAGGCUAAACAUUUGAGGAAAAAAAACAAUUGCUCCAAAUGAUUGUCCAAUCAGGCAGGCUAGAUGCAAUCAAUUUGAAAUGAAUAUGCAUUCAAAACGCCAGGCUUUUGAGCAGUUAUUCAAAUGACAUAGGCUUUUCACUGCAGUUUACAGCCAAGACUAGAGUUUUGUACUCACUUGAAAACAAUAACAUUCUUCAUUACAUUG